AUGGCUGAGGCCGCGACCCAUUCGCGACCUAUCCCGAGCGGAUGGUCAGACAGCAGUGACGAUGGCAACAACAAUAGGGACGACGCGGCAGCAGGACGGGGCGGUGGCGGUUUCGACGACAGCAGCAGCGACGGCGGCUGGAGCGGUGGCAGGGGGGGUGGCGGCGGCAUGCGGGAGUUCGAGCGGAGCUCGGCCGAGAACACUCGAGAGGCACUGCUCGACAACGACGCUCUGCUGCUCUGCGAGCCUCCUGCCUCGGCGAACGCCGGCAGCGCCGACAACGACGGGAGGCAGACUUCUCCGUUGUCGCCCCCGCCGCCACCGCCGGUGCCGUUGCGGUAUGUCCCGGGGGACCCUUUCGCCAACGAAGAGGCCGACGUCGGAGCUUGGGCGAAGCACUUCACCUAUCUCUCGGUGGUCCCAACAGAGAGGGGGGAAGGAGGCGACGCGGAGAAGCGGAGCAAUGAUAACGCGGGCGGCGGGUUGUUGGAACGGGGCCCCGUGGCGGAACCUCCUCCUGUGCGGGAUGUGAUGGAGACGGACGAGGAAACGGGCGGAGUUGCGGCUGUUGAGGGGAGUAGAAUACAAGACUUAACACCGGAGGAGGCGGCGGCUGAGCUGGCAGGGCGACGAUUAGAGGAAAUGCCGCAGGGGGAGGAAGUCUUCGCGAGCCACGGCGUGUACGAGGAGUAUCUGGCGUACGACUGCCGACCCCCCGGCUUCGAUGACGUCACUUCUCCGGGCGGAGAAACCAUGGGGCCCGGAGAAGAGGACCCCAGAUUGGCGGCCAAGGGUAGCGGGGCUUGGGCCGUGACCGGGGUUGUUCCGAACGCAAACUCCGCCGUGGGACAGGGGGCGUGGGUGAGCAACAACGCUGCGUCAGAACCACCAGCGCUAGGAGCAAGUACAACGGGGGGCUCGCACCGAGUGGUCGCGAGGCUAGACACGCCGCAGCGUGAACUUAGGCAGGAGAUCAUGGACCGUCUGUUCGACGAGCUGUGGGAACGAAUCACGCCGGACUUGUUGCUGGUUCUUCGGCAGCAGCAGGCGGCGGCCGGUGGCAGGGGAGGAGGGGAAGGGGGGGGGGAGGGGCUCCGCACAGCUACGCGAAAGGACAUGGAGGACUGAUUGGUCGAACUUUCGUGUUUUAGGGCAUUGGACAGACUAGAGGGGGAGGACCAGAGCAUCACGACACCCUCGCAUCACUCAAGUGUAUCCCGCGGUUCGCGAUUGGACAGGCAGUUGCUGAACGCGAGUGACGAGUGAGCGAGAUGGAGAUCUGCAACAAGGGUUGGUUGUCUUCGAGUUUUGUCUUGAUUUCUUGGGUGCAUACAGUACCUGAUCUUCGCGCGCAAUUCGCACGUGCGUGUGAUUUAAAGGGAAAAUGCUACCCAGACGAAAGCCGGAUCUGUCUCGCCCGGGGCACAGGGUGUUAAAACGAUUAAACGAAAACAUGUCACGCGGAUAACGUGUUGAACGCGAAAUGUCGGGCAUCGCAGCAAGCACACCGCGAAAAAAAAAACGCAGCGAAAAUCUCUUUGUUCGUUUUGUGUCUGCUCGCUUUCACCCUCGACUCGAAACACGAUCACCAUGUAAAGCAUGGGGGUACACGUGAUCAUCGCCAUAUCACCAUGUAUCGAGGCACACUUGUUGUGUAGCAGCCAUGCGUUUUAGUGAUAACAAGGCAGAAAUACAGAAACGCCGUCCGAUUUUCUUGCGCUUUGAUGAUGUUCCCAAAAAGAUCGUUCCCAUCCUUGGGAUGGGGAUGCUUCCACUUGAAACAGACUUGUUUCUCGGCAGAUAGACCAACACCCAUAUAGCAGCGACCAUGAUAGCCAGAGAGCGCCCUGUACUCUACAAUCCCCACCAUCAGCAAAGUUCGGACUUCCUCCCCCUGCCUCUCCGCAAAACCACGAAAUAUCCUACGGCAAUCAACUACAACACAACCUUCGGGCCUUGCCUCUACGGGUCAAACUUUUGGUGUGCGGAAAUUUUCUGCUAUCGAACCGACUGGCCAACCAAAGCGAUCGAGCACCAGAUGCGUUGC